CGCCAACAACCACGAUUUCUUCAGCGGAGCGAAGAAGACGAACGAGAAGCAACGCCAAACAACACCAUCUAGCAAGCGAGCCAAGGCGAAGAACAGCCAACCGACGAUGGACAAGAUCGCUUCCCGCUUUGCCCGUGCCAAGCAGUACACGGGCGAGAAGUUUGGCCGGGCCGAGAAGACGGAGUACGAUGAGGAUUUCACGGCCCUCGCCAACAAGACAGACGCCAUGAAGACGCAAACGGAGAAGAUGCUGAAGGCGACGUCUGCAUACCUCCAACCAAACCCAAGCCGACGGUUUGAGGCGAGCGUGUAUGCGCGACUGAAGCGGCCGUCACGUGCGCACAUCAACGAGCUGGAAGCACUCGGCAACAGUUUCCUCGAGGCGGCCGAUGCCGUGGGCACCGACACCCAAUACGGUGCGGCGCUGCAGCGUGCAGGCGAGGCGGAGGUUUCCGUGGGCGCCCGGUUCACGGAGUUGACACGAGAUGUGCAGUCGCAAUUUGUUGAGCCGCUCAAGCAGUUUGUCCAGUCAGACCUCAAGCGUGCAGCGGCCGAGCGCCGGGCGCUGAAUUCGCUGCGUCUUGAUCUCGAUGCCGCCAAGUCGCGUGUCAAGAAGGCGUCUCCAGAGAAACAGCAGCAGGCGGAGGCUGAGCUGAUGACGAAGCAGACCGUCUUUGACGACAAAUACGAAAGCGUCAAACUCAUCCUCGAAAACACCGACAAGAAAAACGAGGAGCACGCGAGCCGGCUGCUGUCGCUGAUCAAAUCGCAGCAGCGCUACUUUGAGGAGGCCGCCAAAGAGCUGGCGGACCUCGCAUCCGCUUUCGAGCAGGACAUGGGCAUUGCACAGGCAACGCCACCAAGCACGAGCGCUGAUCCAAACAUGGCGCCACUGGACGACACGUCGCUCGACAGCGAACCGCCGGUGGGGAUGACUGCCAAAGCGCUGGCGAACCGAAAUGCGGAGAGCGAGGAGGAGUUGACCAUCACCGCAGAUGAAGUGCUGCUCGUGUUUCCAAACGACGCCUCCGUCCCGGAGGACUGGAUCAUGGCCGAGCGCGGCGGCAAACGGGGACGUGUGCCCAAGGACUGCCUCGAACUCAACUAAACGCACCCACACGCCACGCCUGACGUUCUUCUUUCAACACGGCGGAUAACACUCUGUGUGUGUGUGUGCGUGUGCGUGUGUGUGUGUGUGUGUUCCUGAAUGCCUGUGAAGCCCGUGUGUGUGUUGAUUGACAUGGGUGCGUGUGUGUGUGUGUGUGAUUAUGUGCGUGCGUGCGUGCGUGCGUGCGUGUGCGUGUGUGUUCCUGAAUGCCUGUGUUGAAGCUCGUGUGUGUGUUGAUUGACAUGGUUGCUUCUCAGGCGCCAUGCGUUUCCUUUACUCGAUGCUGUGGUUUCGUUAUGAAAUGAAGCAAUUCACACAGCA